AUGCGGGCUUGACCUCCCCCUCGGCACGCCGUCAACUGAACCGAUCGACCCACCGUGCAACGUGUACCGACAGAUACGGAGUGACAGCGCAGCCCUCGUGAAAUGGUCCGACGCUGCGCGUGAAAGCGUUCCUCGGCAAUCAUGGGGCUAGUGCUGUCUAUAUGGAGGGUGGUGGUGGACGUGGCGGCUUUCUGGCGCAAGAAGCUCUUGAGCUGGUAUACGCGAAAGAACCCCGUCAAGCUGUGGCUUGAGCUGCUGCGCAAUGCAGAGACGUUUGAGGACUGGGAGGAGGCGGCACUGCAUCUCGACAACUUGCUGGGCCUUGACUUAUGGAGGAAUAACCCAACAUCCAAAUACUACGAUUGGUCGCUUAUAACAGAACGCCUAGACUCUCUAAUAAUCGCACGAGAAGAAAACAACUAUGAGCAGCUCGUCAAUUUGCUUCGCUCGGGUCUCGUCCGCAACCUCGGGAAUAUCUCUGUGCCGAAACUAUAUAAUCGAUCUUUCUCAGGAACAAAGUACCUGAUUGAAGAAUAUAUUGCCCAAGUGGCUGAAUCAGUGGAGGACAUAAGUGCUCUUCCAACGAGUGCUGCGACUAGUCUGUAUGCUCAUGAAAAAGCAUUGACAAAUCAGAUGAAGUUGGACUUUAUCCACGAUACGAGACAGGCAUUUGGGCGGAGCACACUGGUUCUGCAAGGCGGCGCCAUCUUUGGUCUUUGCCAUCUUGGAGUGGUCAAGGCCCUGUUCCUUCGAGGCCUAUUGCCGCGAAUCAUCACUGGAACGGCGACUGGUGCAUUGAUCGCUGCGCUGGUGGCCAUACAUACCGAAGAAGAGCUACCAGGUGUCCUCCGAGGUGAUGGCAUUGAUCUCAGCGCCUUUGCCUCCAAGGGAAGAAAUGAGGACGGCCAGAUUCCUGCUCAGCAGUCACUAGGGUCACGAUGGAACACUCUGAUGCGGAGAAUUCGGCGAUUCUCAAGGGAAGGUUACUUCCUAGAUGUUACUGUGCUUGAGGAAUGUGUAAGAGCAAAUGUUGGCGAUUUGACAUUUGAGGAGGCGUAUAACCGCAGCAAGAGAGUUUUGAACAUCACUGUGGCGACUGAUGGCCAGGGGGCCGGCGUGCCAACUCUCCUCAACUACAUCACCGCUCCGAAUGUGUUGAUUUGGACGGCUGCUGUCGCCUCGAAUGCAUCUUCGCCAUCUUUAUAUGGCCAUUCCAAAGUCACUAUCCUGUGCAAAGACGCUCACGGCAACAUUGUUCCUUGGGCUCCGGCCAACACGACCGACUUCCGCCACUGGACUCAUGCGUCUUACACAGAUCGUGACUCCCCUCUUCGACGAAUUGCCGAGCUUUUCAAUGUGAACCAUUUCAUUGUCAGCCAAGCCAGGCCCUAUCUGAUCCCCUUUUUGCAAUCCGACAUGCAUGGGCCGUCUCUCGUGGAGACUCGCAGCAAGACAACCCAGCUUUCGGCCUUUCUCGUUCGCAUGGUGGGACUCGAAAUAAGACACCGCCUGCGGCAGCUGGACUCGCUUCGUCUUGUACCUGCGAGCAUCCGCCGCUUUCUGAUAGACGAGCAAGUGCCUGCGGCAUCGAUGACGCUUGUCCCUGAAGUUACUGCCAGUGACUUUGUGCGCCUGCUCGAGACACCAACGCAAGAUACUUUGAAUUAUUGGAUAUUACGGGGCGAGAGGAGCGUGUGGCCUGCUGUGGCGGCGCUCAAGAUACGGUGUACUGUUGAGAACGAAUUGGAUCGGUCGUAUCAGGUUGUGCGGAAGCUCAAAGCGGGCGACUUGAGGCGCAAGGGAAGCAUGGCGGGAUUCGCCGAUAACGGGCGUUAGGGAAUAGCAUCAUGGCGUUUGACAACAUUUUCUUUUUAACGUUCUUAGUUGUGUACUAUUUUCUUUAGGAUUAAACUUAAUAUGGACUUGCAGCGGCUUGUUGAAAGGGUCGAUUGAGC